AUGGAUCUCCCGCCUCCGCCUCCACCGCCGCCGCCUGCCUUCAGCCGCCACCACCACCUCAGGUAUGAGAACGUCCUCCACCCUCCUGAUUUCCUCCCCCCACCACAAACCCCUUCGUUGAAUACUCCUCUUCCACCACCGCCUCCUCCUCCUCCGCCUCCCCUACAAAUUCAUCACAUGUCUCCAACCCUCCAUCCUCCGCGAUUUGCUUUCUCUCCGCCGCGAUAUCCAAUUAUUGAGCGAUCCCUCCGUUACGAAUUCGAUCCGCUACAAAAACCCUAUAUCCACCCCACCCUUCCUCCGCCUCCGCCUCCGCCUCCACCUCCACCGCCACCGCCUCCGAGAGAUGACGUACCCUUGCGAGUUGUUCGUGAUUAUCCCGAGAGGAAUCUUGUCUUUGAACAUGACAAUUUUUCUCGGGGUCGUAUUGAUGAUAUACGUGAAUUGCCUGGGAAUUGGGAUCGAGAUUUAGGUUGGGGUGCUCCGAGAGCUCAUAGCAGGGUUCCGGAGACUGAUAGAGGGAUUAUUGAUAGAUAUCGUGAUGUAAUUCCUGAGAGUUUUGAGCUGUGUAGAAAGAGGGAUGAUGGCAGGAUAUGGGAUAGUGGACUUCGUGAUUGGGGUUCUGAAUUGGACAGGAGGAGGGAAUAUGAUGAAAGGGGAUGGGAUAGUGGUAUGAAUGAUCGAUAUCGUGACUUGUACAGGGAGCGUGAUUAUGAUGAGAGGAGAUGGAAGGAUACUGGUAUGAAUGAGCGAAAUCGUGACUUGUACAGGGAGCGUGAUUAUGAUGAGAGGAGAUGGGAGGAUACUGUUAUGAAUGAUCGGGGUCGUGACUUGUACAGGGAGCGUGAUUAUGAUGAGAGGAGAUGGGAGGAUACUGUUAUGAAUGAUCGGGGUCGUGACUUGUACAGGGAGCGUGAUUAUGAUGAGAGGAGAUGGAAGGAUGCUGGUUUGAAUGAUCGGAGUAGUGACUUGUACAGGGAGCGUGAUUAUGAUGAGAGGGGAUGGAAGGAUACUGGUAUGAAUGAUCGGAGUCGUGACUUGUACAGGGAGCGUGAUUAUGAUGAGAGGGGAUGGAAGGAUACUGGUAUGAAUGAUCGGAGUCGUGACUUGUACAGGGAGCGUGAUUAUGAUGAGAGGAGAUGGAAGGAUACUGUUAUGAAUGAUCGGGGUCGUGACUUGUACGGGGGAGGUGAUUAUGAUGAGAGGAGAUGGAAGGAUACUGGUAUGAAUGAUCGGGGUCAUGACUUGUACAGGGAGCGUGAUUAUAAUGAGAGGAGUUUGGGAUACUGGUAUGAAUGA